UUCAACGUACUACCAGUUAGAUCUAUAUAUAAGUUCCUUCCUUGUAACGAAAUGUUACUAAUAAAAUCAUCUACAAUAUUCCAAUUAUAAAACAAGCUAUAACAGUUGGCAAGUUUUAGAUUUUUAACAACAAAGUUGUUGUUAUUAUUUGUAGGAGCAUAAAACAAAGUUCAAUUACAAAGUAGUGGCCAUCGAGGAGGAAGAAGACACACAAAUAAACAAAAAACCUCCUUCUUAGUAUUAGUAUAUAGUUUUUCUAUCAUCAACUUUUCCUUCCCUAUCUAUCUCUCUUUUCUCUACAAUAUUUAAGAGUUUUCUCUCCUUGUAGUGUUCACCAUAAUUUAGAUAUCAUUGCUUUUGGUGAAUACUUUAAUUAUUAAUUUGAUCUUGUUUCUUAUGGUUCAUGACCAUAAAACCUAUUUUAGUUACAAGAUAAGCUUGUUGCUGAUCUUUCCUUUUUCCUUGUGACUAUUUCUAGUUACAAGUUAUAGAAUUCUUUAUUAUGACAGAAAAAAUGAAGGGAUCAAAUAAUCAAUACCAAUCAAUCCCUAUUUCAAAGAUUUUCAAAAUUCAACUCCACUUCAUAAAUUUUCUCACCUAUCUCCUAGUUUUGGUAUUUGGUUUAACACUUGGAAUAAUCAUAAGUUUCUAUCUUAAAGAAUGCACAUUUAGUCUACAAUUUACUCAGUUAUCACUGUCUUCCUUACCAAGAACACAACAUUUGUCACCGCCGAUUGCGGUGAAACAAGAACGAGUAGGAUUGAAGGAUUUUCUUAAGCCUCCUCCAAUUAUGCAUGAUAUGGAUGAUGAAGAAUUGUUGUGGAGAGCUUCUAUGACAGCAAAAAUAGCUGAAUAUCCAUUUGAACGAGUUCCAAAAGUUGCAUUCAUGUUUUUGACAAGGGGUGCUGUGUUUUUGGCACCUUUGUGGGAACAAUUUUUCAAAGGACAUGAAGUGUAUUACUCAAUUUAUGUGCAUUCUAAUCCUUCUUAUAAUGGAUCACACCCUGAGAGCCCUGUUUUUCACGGUAGAAGAAUUCCUAGUAAGGAAGUUGAAUGGGGCAAUGUGAACAUGAUUGAAGCUGAGCGUCGCCUGCUAUCGAAUGCACUUCUCGAUAUCUCAAACCAACGAUUUGUUCUCAUAUCAGAAUCCUGCAUACCACUCUUCAACUUCUCAACGAUAUAUUCUUACUUAAUAAACUCUACUCAAAACUAUGUCAUGUCUUAUGAUGAUCCUAGCUCGGUCGGUCGUGGUCGUUAUAACAUCCAAAUGUUACCCGAGGUUUCCCUCAACGAGUGGAGAAAAGGGUCCCAAUGGUUUGAAAUAGACAGAGAACUUGCUCUAGGAGUUGUAUCUGAUAGAAUAUACUUCCCAGUUUUUCAAGAGUAUUGCAAAGGUUCAUGUUAUGCUGAUGAACAUUACUUGCCAACUUUGGUUAGCAUAAAGUUUGGGGAAGGAAAUUCAAAUAGGAGUUUGACUUGGGUUGACUGGUCAAGGGGUGGUCCACAUCCAGCUCAUUUUUUGAGAUCUGAUGUUAAUGUUAAGUUUUUGGAGAGAUUAAGGAGCAAGAAAUGCAAGUAUAAUAAUGGAGAGAGCACCAAUGCAUGUUUUCUGUUUGCUAGGAAGUUCUUGCCUAGUACUUUGUCAAAGCUCUUGAAGAUUGCACCUAAGGUUAUGCAGUUUGAACACUACGACAGGCCUAAUAAACAUAAGUUACUAUCAUUCAAACAAAAUAUUUAAUUCAUUUCUUUUUUUUUUCAUCUUGUAAGUUUUUCAUUAUACAGUUUAGACAUACACAGAGACUCAUUUUAUGAAAAUAUAGUCAAUUCCCUUCAUGGAUA